AUGUCAAUUUAGGACUCAGACUGCCCUUUUUUCUGUGUGGCUGACAGCAGCAGGAAACCUCAGUGGACCUCCACUACCUCGGUUCUUGGAUUUCUGCGUGUGUUUAACCAGAUGAGACGCUUGGGACGCGCAACUGCUUGCUUAGAUUGAAUCAUUGUCUCUGGAUACUGGUGCCCCUUAAGACGCGUCCGCACACUUCUGUCUCGUGGUGUGUGUGUGUGUGUGUGUGUGCUUUUGAAGAGAGCUGCUGGGUAAUAAAUCGCACGCCCGAGGGAAAGCUCGUCACAAAACUUUUAAAGAGGGCUUGACAACUUUGGAGAUACGAGUUCAUGUGGCUGAUCGCCUGACAGAAGCGGACAGUUUCUCUGGAAAACUUAUAAACGGGGGGGGUUUCUCUUAAAACAUGUUCUACAAAUGCUCCGUGGUGUUACUGAAUGUCCUCUUUCUCGUGCGUGCGCUUUCGGCUCACGAAUGCACGGCGUGUAACCUCCGGACUUGUCCCUUUAAACCCCCGCUUGUCUGCGAAGGUGGUCGGACAGUGGCCAAGGAUCCGUGCGGAUGCUGUGAUCAAUGCACCCGGCUGGAGUGGGAGCCCUGCGGCGGCCAGGACUGGGCGCACGGCUACUGCGCCCUGGGACUGACCUGCGCCUCUGUAAACAAAACGGGAGCCGCCACUAUCCCCGAAACUGGAGUAUGUAAAGUACUGCCUGACUAUCCAGAUGCAGGUCUUGAGGAUGAGCGCUGCCCACUGAUGACAGGCUGCGACAGAGCAGGAGGUCAAUGUGUCUGUGAUGCCCGUCACUCCUGCUUGGGCUCUUUUACCUACCCAGACCAAGAAACCUGCAUGAAGGCCAGUAAGUCAGAUGGUCGGAGGCACGAGCACCGGGAAAAGCACAGAGAGAAGUAUGUGGGACCAUCCAACCCAGCCUGUAUGUUCUCUGGCUGUAACCUGACCGCCGAGGGCUGCGUGUGUGAGUCUCAGAGCUGCCACCACCACUUCGCCUACGUCAACCGCAGCCAGUGCCAGGAAGCUGCAGAAGAGCUGAGGUGUGCUGGGGUGACGUGCCCCAAUCUGCAGGUGCCUUCCUGCCCCGAGGGUUCAGUCCUCACCAAGAGCUACAAGCCUCCUGCUGAAUGCUGCCCCUCCGUACCACCCCAGUGCACUUGCGACUUCAGUGCCUGCCACAAGCCCCAGUGCCCGAGCGAACAGCACCCCGUUUCACUUGGUCAAGCCAGCGGUCAGCCAGGAGACUGCUGUGAUGUCUACGAGUGUCAGAAAGUCACUCCCAAGUGUGUCCACAGUGGGAAAGAGUACUCUGAGGGAGAGGUGUACCGCAUGGACCCGUGCUGGCUGUGUCAGUGCCGGGGAGGAAUCUCCUUCUGCUCCAAGGCAGAGUGUGCUGAGCUUAACUGUGAAAACUUCUACAUUCCUGAGGGAGAAUGCUGCCCCGUCUGCAUAGAUGUGUCAAUGGCUAGCACCGAGGCCAGCUGCUGGGUGAAUAAUAAGCUGCGAGCCCACGAGGAGCAGUGGAAAGAGGAUGACUGCACCUUCUGCCAGUGUGUGGAUGGCGAGCCGCACUGCACAGCCAUGGCCUGCAAACAGAGUUGCCACAACCCGGUGAAGAUCCCCGGAGAGUGCUGUCCCUUCUGUGAAGAGCCUUCUUAUGAAACUGUAAGCCCUUUGCUAUGUCCUCCCCUGGACAACUGCUCCCUGUCAGUGAAUGACUGCCCCUAUGGUUUCCAACAAGACAAAAAUGGAUGUCUUCUUUGCCAAUGUCUCAACAAUGACUCCUGCCCUGACCUGGGAACGUACUGUUCCCUGCAAUGCCCAAUGGGUUACGAGAGGGAUGAUUUUGGAUGCGAGGUGUGCGAGUGCAGCGUGCCCGUGCCAAAGUGCCGACCUUUGAGCUGCACUAAGACCUGCCCCUACGGAUAUGUCAGGAACAAGCAUGGCUGCGAGAUGUGUCGCUGUGUCAAGUGUCCUCCCUUCACCUGUGACAAGCACUGCGUCAAUGGCUACCGACAGAACAGGAAGGGCUGCUCCAUCUGCAUGUGUAAAGAAAGUGGUCACGUCCCGAGCACCACUGCCCCGGCCCCAGUGUCCAGCUAUUGCCUCACAUCCAAUGGACAGAAAUAUGAGGAAGGUGAGGGCUGGCAUGAUGGCUGUCGCGACUGCUACUGCCAUUCCGGACGGGAGAUGUGCGUGCUCAUAUCCUGCUCAGUGCCCAGCUGUCUUCAUCCUGUUGUCAAGCCUGACCAGUGUUGCCCUACCUGUGAGGGUAUGUUUCUGUGCUGUUUAUACAGGUUAAGAGAGGAAAGAGCUGUAAUGCAGUGUAACUUUCUGCUUUUUCAUGAACUUAUUCCCCUGUGUGCAGAAGAGACGCCCCUCCUGCCAGUGAACAACAGCCAGCAGGAGUACUGCAUAACCAGCGAUGGAGACGUGCUGCUAGCUGGAGACUCCUGGAAGGCCAACGUCUGCACCAGCUGCACCUGCAACAACGGCACUAUUCAGUGUUUCUCUCAGCACUGUCCAGCUGCCAAAUGCAGGGUGCCUGUUUUACGCAAGGGCCAGUGCUGCCCACACUGUCUCGAAAUGACGACAUCAGUGCCGGUGAUAGUGUCGACAAGCCGCCCCAAGGCGAGAGUUACCACGACAGCGGAGAGUGCGGUGUGGCUCACCACUGUCGCUGUGCCGCCCAUCAUUGCUGUUACAGAUGAGCCACGUUCGGGUGAGAAUUACCCCAGCCAAACAGAGAUGGCUCUCAUCUACCAAUCAGCCGCCUGGAUCCUGGCAGGUCUCCUCUUAGCCAUCGUGAUCUUUCUCAUCGUGGCGCUACUCAUCAAUAAGAAGAAGAAGUGGGUGCAGAUGUCUUGCUACAGUGCGCCAAAGAAGACAGUGAUCCUGAAGAAGCACGUCAACAAGAAUUCAGUGGUCUACAUGGAGCCUUCGAAAGACAACAAAUUUCACAACGUGAAGAACGACUGCGGCAUCAUUCACUUCUCUCCAGAAAUGAGCUCCCCCUGUACGGAAAAGUUGACCAUCCCCAGGGCCAAACUGAGCAUGGGCAAUGACUGGACGCCAUGCUAAAAAACAAAGGAACAAAAAAACACCCCUCAGACUCUGCAGCUCAGAGCUGUCUGGCACAUCCCUCUCGUUUCUGUUGCAUCCAAGGUGGUUAAUGUAACAGCACACACACCUUGGGCGCUGCCUUCUUCCCACCAUUCUCUGUGUGACAGUAAAAACAAGGAUGCUCUUCAAGACUAAGCAAGUUACCACUGACUCUCACAUUUUAUGCCCUCAUUCUUCUGUAUUUGAACGCUCGGGCGAAGGGACUUUCUGUGAGGUAGAUGGACGGGUGGACAUAUAAAAGCACGGAAGAAUGCGGCAACCAGACAGAUUUCUCUGUGAAAACCAGACUUUGACUGUGAACACUGUAAUAUACCUGCUUAUUAUUGCCUCCUUUGGAACUGGAACCUUGGGGCAAUAAGAGGAGCAUAAAAAGCUUUAGGACAGGGGUUUGGGCAGAAGUUUAAAGGGAGCAUAGGUGCUGCCCUCUUAAGCAGUGCUUCAUUGUGGUUGUAAUCAUUGUCAUUAGCAGGGAGGCCAAAGGAACUUUUAAUCCAGCUGGAUCGAAAAUUGGUUUCUGCAUCCAAAUCAAAACAAGUCCGUAGGCUUCAUAUUGACCUCCAGAUCCAAACCCCUGCUUUUCAAUGUGUGAUUUCCAUGUUUUUUUUUUAAACUUCUAAAGCCUUUUUACUAGAUAUUGUGUUUUCCUUGCACACUCUUUGCUUUUAGAGUGGGUGUCUAUGUGGGGCCAGAGUGGAACAUUUUAAAAAUAGUAGUCUAAACACCCACCUGCCAAAACCCAUCACAGGAAGGACACAUAUCCCAGCAUUAUUUCUUUCAUUCCAGUCAAGUCUGAUAACAAACUGCUUUUAUGCAAAAAAAACACCCGGUUUGGGGAUUGUGUGAAAUGUGUCUAGACUUGUCUUCGUUAUAUUAGCCAAGAGUCAUAAUCUUCGGACCCAGCCUCAUCUGAUUUUGGCUCUUUCCACGGGAAUCUGCCACUCCAACUCCCAGAUCUCAGAGUGAUCUUCAUCCAGCUAGAAUGUUAUUUUAUUGAUAGCAGGUGAGACAAAAGGGUUCAGACACUUCAUCUGGGCCUGUAAGGAAUGUCUUUGAUACCAUGCCUCACUUCACAUCUUCAUUCACAGCUGUGUGUGUUUGUGUGUGUAGGGAGCUACUGUUCUUACUUGCAAGUGAUUGUUAGUAGUAAUUCUUUUAAAAGCCUUAAUUUUAUAGCCUUAACUAAUUUCUCUGUUGAUGUCUUGCAGUUGGUUAACAACCAUAAGCCCGUAUCAGGAAAAAAAGAAAAAUCCCUCAUUGUUACCGAGAUCGUGUUGUGCCGUUCUCAUUAGCUCUUCAAAUAAGAGAAAAUUACGUGAUUUGUAAGAGUAGCUUGCUGGCAUCUGUACACAGUGGUACAUGUUGCAACAUCAGAGCAUAUUAGAAACGUAGCACUUUCUUUAGAGCCAGUGUUUUAGAAAGCCCACUGCGGGAUUCUUGGUGGGAUAAAGGCCCUAAUCAGGGAUUUGAUAGGCGUAUUAAGGACACAGAGAUGUUAAACCACUCAAGCGAACAUGCUGUUGCAGCUAGAUUCUCCAUAUCAGUCUGAUCGGUAUGUGGUCGGACAGUAUCUGAGAAGCGUUA